CGACUACAUCUCAUUGAGCUAACCCCCCGUGCCAGCCCGCGAGAGCUAUCUGACAAGUGGAAUCCCUUAUCAGUAACCUCAGACUAGUAUUAACAGAAAUGGCUUUCGACGAAGGGGUUGUUCGAAACGGCGAUGUGAAAAAAAGAAAACAUCACAACCAGGGCGCUGUCGCCAACGGCAUCCGUAACGGCCAUACUAUAUGCAAACAAGUACCGACUUCAAAGGUUAAGUAUACAAAGAAGAAAUCAUGUGAAUCGUUUGAGGAAGCUCCUAUGCUGAUAGCAAUAGUUACCUACAUGGCAUAUGCCUUACUUGUGGUAGUUGGCCAUGUCAGAGACUUCUUGAGGAAGCUUUGUGGAGAAAAAAAUAGUGCUGCAAAAGAAUUUGGAAAUAAGGGUUUUGUUCCAUUAUAUUCCGAUUUUGAAAGUUUUUAUACACGCAAUCUUUAUAGACGUAUCCGAGACUGUUGGAAUCGACCAAUAUGCAGUACUCCGGGUGGAUGGUUUGAUAUCAUGGAAAGAACUAGCAGUGAUUACAACUGGCACUUAGACGUUACUGGGAAAUCAAGUCGGUGUAUUAACCUUGGGUCGUAUAACUAUCUGGGUUUUGCCGAGGACUCUGGAACUUGUGCUGAAGCUUCUCAAGAAACUUUAAUUAAAUAUGGUGCCGGAGUGUGCAGCACCAGACAGGAACUUGGCAAUCUCGAUAUCCACAUAGAAUUGGAAAAACUAGUAGCUCAAUUCUUAGGGUUAGAGUCUGCUAUGGUAUUCGGUAUGGGCUUUGCUACUAAUGCUUUGAAUAUCCCAGCCCUUCUUGGCAAGGGCUGCUUAAUACUGAGUGAUGAGUUAAACCAUGCAUCAUUGGUGUUAGGAUGUCGCCUCUCAGGUGCUUCAAUAAAAACUUUCAAGCAUAAUGAUAUGAAGAGCCUUGAAAAUGUCUUGCGAAAUUCAAUCAUUGACGGUGAACCAGGCACUUACAGGCCUUGGAAAAAAAUACUUAUUAUUGUGGAAGGGAUAUACAGUAUGGAAGGUUCUAUUGCCAAUUUACCUGAAUUAGUGAGACUGAAGAAGAAAUAUAAUGCAUAUCUUUAUCUGGAUGAAGCACACAGUAUUGGAGCUUUGGGUCCAAAUGGACGAGGUGUUGUAGACUAUUAUGGGAUGGAUCCCAGGGAUGUGGAUAUAAUGAUGGGAACAUUUACAAAGAGUUUUGGAGCAGCUGGCGGGUAUAUUGCAGGUACUAAGGAAUUGAUAGCACAUUUAAAAUUCCAUUCUCACAGUUCGGUAUAUGCUAUCUCGAUGUCUCCACCAGUGGCACAACAGAUUAUAUCAAGUAUGCAAUGCAUCAUGGGAUUGGAUGGAACUAAUACAGGUCGCCAUCGUCUCCGCCAGUUGGCAUGGAACACUCGAUACUUUCGCCGCCGGUUACAUGAAAUGGGUUUCCUCAUUUAUGGUAGUGAUGACUCACCAGUUGUUCCACUCAUGUUGUACAUGCCUGCAAAAAUAGGUGCUUUUGGAAGGGAGUGUUUAAAGAGAAACCUUGGAGUUGUAGUAGUUGGAUUUCCUGCCACUACCAUUAUUGAAUCACGGGCCAGAUUUUGUUUAUCUGCAGCGCACACCAAAGAAAUGUUGGACCAGGCCUUGGAAAUGAUAGAGGAGGCUGGCACAGUAUUACAUUUAAGAUAUUCACGGUUGCCUUUGGAAAAGAAAACUGCUAUUACAAGCCACGAGUUAGAAGAAAUGCCAGUAUUGGAAUAACAACCCAUUGAAAGAUUACCAAAUUACCAUACUCUGAUUGUGUACAAGUUUGUUUUUUGUUUUCUCUUAACAACUGGAAGUAUUCAUUUUUUUUUUAAUAG